AUGGUUCCGGCACCGCCGCCGCUGCCGACGCGCUUUCCGUGCUGGGUGCGAGCAGUGUACUCAUGGGGAGGAGAGUCGAAGCGAGACCUCGGGUUCAUCGAAGGCGACCUCAUCGAAUGCCUGAAUGCGGGCGACGGCUCAUGGUGGACAGGCAGGCUGUGGCGUGACCGAAGAGCAGUCGGCCUGUUUCCCUCCAACUUCGUCGAAGUGCUGCCAGACAGCUUCCGCCCCACUACCCGAGGAACCAGCCCUCUUCCUAAAAGCAAUACCCCGAGCCCGAAGAGCACUCCUCAAAAAUCCAGGACUUUCCGGAAGCCGUUUGAGGCCUACGCCAAAGCUCCGCACUACACGACAGCCAAGACUCCCGAGACGUAUAAAGAUGGUGUUCGACCACGUGAAGUAGCCGAGACAUCGAGGGAAAUCGCAGUUCGAUCUCGCGAGCCUUCGGCCAAUUCAUUCGAUCACACAACCGCAGCUCCUGCUGGUGAUCCUGGACCAGGGCUUCCUUCGCGAGUUCCUAGUCAUCUUGGGCGAGAUGUUUCUCCUGCUAGAGCUCCGAGUUUCGUUGGCCGGGAACCCUCCCCUUCGCAGGCUCCGCUUUACGUUGGCCGAGAUCAUUCACCUGCCCAAACUCUCAGCCAUGCCAGCAGGGAUCCUUCACCCUCCGGAGUAUCCAGUUAUAUCGGCAGGGAUCCUUCUCCCUCACGAGUUCCUAGUUUUGGCUCCAGGGCACCAUCCCCUGCACCGUCAUACAUACCCUACCGGCCUCCGCAGUCCCGUCAGCAUGCCUACCAUCUCAGCUUGGAAAGGGUGGACUCCUACCGGCCUGCCUCGCCGAGAGGCGAUUCACCCCCUCCACCCCCGCCUCCGCCGCACCGUUCGCGACUUGCUAAACAUGGGGCUCAUGCCUCAUACGACGAGGGUUACUACGGAGGCUUGUCAAGAGAGCCGUCUGCCCUGUCCAGGGAAGCUUCUAUUCCGUCGUAUGGGUACAAGCCACAACAACAUUCGAAUGCAUCAUACGAGCCCGUAGCCCCGGGCUAUCACACUCCCAGGAUGCCCUCGCCGUGCCCGCCUUCCCCUGGAGGAUUGACGCCCUCCCCAUUGAGAGAGGCCAUGGACGACGUGAUGGAGCAACUCGACGCGCUAGGGGCUGGCAGAGAAGCUGAGCCGCCGGAACCGGCGUUGGACCCUUGGUCACCAGAAUCAUUUGACAUGGUACAUCAUCUCUCGAGGAAGAAGCGAGACCAACAACAGCGCCCCCAAACGGCCACGGGCAUCCCACUUCAUGUGGACGAAGGGUAUGAGACAUACAGCGGGAGUGCUGAAUCCUCACAAGAGCCCACCCCGCAAGACAGUUACCAACAGCAGCUGCCCCAACUCAGCAAUUAUGUGGAGAGGAUGGAGUCCAGGCUAAGAAUCAUGCACCAACAAAACUCAAGCGUGGACGAUGUGGACGAACCGCCGUCUCCACCUCCGAAACGCGGCCAGAUCUUUGAGCGACCCAAGUCGUCGAUGGACAUACAUGCGCAGUCGGAGCAGAAACUGCGGCAAAAGAAAUCGGCGUACGAAAUUAGUCGUCAGGUCCUCAAUCGCACAUUCACCACAAAGACCAACUCGACAAAUAGCUCGUCAGCGACCCAGAGCACGGAUCGCAGUUUGAUGAGCGGUGUGUCGGCGGGAGGGAUCAGUGCCACAAGUGCCGGCAGCCUGGCGAGAAAGAACCGGGGCAGGGCUCAGAGUGCUCUCGCCAUGCGGGAUCUUGACCCAGAUCGGCCAGAGACGCCCUUCACCGGCGUCACAUACCACAGCAGCCACGCGUCCGGCGAGCAGAGGUCCAAGUCACAAAUGGGGUUUCAUGACGACCCCAUGGCUGCAGUAGGAGGACUGGUGCAACCAAAGCCGAAGAAGCAAAACUUUAUCAAGCGAAUUCUCGAAUCUGCCAAGACAGGCGUGGCCAGCUCCAGGGGUAGCAUCGCAACUGCCAGCUCUGCUCAGCCGGCUUCUUCAGGCCGGUCAACCCCCGCUCUAACCUCUCUCUCCGGACCGCUUUUUAGCAAGGCGGGGCGAGAACCCGGCAGAGAGAUGGGAAUGGGCAGUGGCGUGGAUUGGGUUCAGGUGCGGCGCGAUGUUAACCGAUCCAACUCGCUGAGCCAGAACGAGCUCCUCGACAGGAAGGAGAGGUGUCAGAUGUUAGACUACCCUGCGCUAGACCCAGUUGACGAGUUGUAUAACAGCAUCGACGGCGAUGAGGGAGCCGAUGGAAUGCCGGUGGCUGAACCAAUAAACUAUCACGCCAUCAACUUGAGUCAAGUGGACAAGAACACUCGGUUCCUCGCCAAUCUUCCUCCGACCACCACACCGAUUACGCUGGCCACAACGUAUGUUUGUCGGCCAUAUCGCAGCGAUGUCCAGCGCCUUCGCUCAAUCUUCACUUGGGUAUCUGAGAAGAUCUGCUGGGAGGAGGAUUUUGACGGGCCCAUCGAUACGCGGAGGGUGAUUCAGACGAAGCGAGCAUGCGCCGAGGAAUAUGCGACUCUAGUGUUGGAGAUGUGCACUGCGGUCGGGUUGACGUGCGAGGUCGUCCGCGGAUACCUCAAGGCUCCAGGGGAAAUUCCGGAUGUCAACAUUAUGCCUCGGUCCAAUCACUGGUGGAAUGCCGUGUUGGUGGAUAACGAGUGGCGGAUGAUGGACUGCUGCCUCGCUAGCCCGUCGAAUCCGCGGAGAAUAUUGUACUCGAGCUACAACUCCUCGUCCGCCGACCCCUGGUGGUUCCUGGCCCGUCCCACCGAGAUCUGCUGGACGCAUAUCCCCGAACACCACGAGCAGCAACACAUGUGCCCGCCGGUUGCCCACGACAUUCUCCUCAAUCUGCCCUGCGCCUGCCCGCCAUAUUUCAAGAACGGUCUCCAAAUGAUCGACUACAACACGUCGCUCACUCGGAUCGAGGAUUUAGAGAUGGUGCACAUCAAAUUCAGCGUCCCGGCUGAUAUCGAGGUGGCUGCAGAAGUUGAGGUACGUAGUUAUGCUCGCGACGCAGAUGGCGACUGCUUCGAGUCGGGCGACACGGUCAAGAAGCGGGCUCUCGCCCAAGCAGAGUGGUUCAACGGCAUCAAGCGUUACACAGUCAAGGCGCUCCUCCCCGGCGACGAAGGCACCGGCGUCUUGAAAGUGUAUGCCGGCAAACGGGGCCUGAUGCACAGCAUCAAGGACAUCCCGCACCCGCUCGCCUUUGCCCUGCCCGUCAUCCACACGGGCGAGAACCCGCCGUACGAGUUUGUUACGCGCCACCCAACCCCCCACGCGCAGCGCCACGAUAUCUAUGUCGUCCAGCCGCAAUGCCAGCGUCUCGCGCUCAACAAUACCUUUGUUUUCGCCAUCCGUCAGCACCCCAGCUCGCUGGGCGCAUCGCCCACGACCCCCUCCUCCAACCCGGGCAACACUAGCCCGAUUCCCUUUGUUCGCCCCGGCAGUGCCAUGAGCAUGACGAGCUCGAGCGCGGCCGGCUCCAACCCGAGCACGGUGGCGAGCGGCAGUGGCGGCAGCAGCAGCAAUGCGAAGAAGCCUGCCAAGCUGGCGAUUCAGACGCCUGGCGGCAAGAUCCUCCGGUUGAUGCGCAAGGAGGAGCGGCGCGGGAUCGGCGGUGUGCUCGGCAGUGGCGGACGGGGUCCGAUGUCCCCCACUUCUGGGCCGCUGCUGGGCGACGAAGAGGCGGGCGACGGCGGCGUGUGGGAGACUAUCAUCAAGUGCUCCGAGAGGGGCGUUUGGCGCGGGCUGGUGCUUGCUGAUCGGACGGCGAGGUGGUGCGUUUUUGCGGAGUGGGUUUGUGAGGGGUGA